GGGAUCUGCAAAUCCUCCAGCCUGCUGGGACCUCUUUCCUGUGCCUUCGCUGGUCUCUGGAACUGUGUCACCAUCAACCCCCUGAACAUCGCGGCCGGCGUGUGGAUGAUGCUCAACGCCUUCGUCCUGUUCCUGUGCGAAGCCCCUUUCUGCUGCCAGUUUAUCGAGUUUGCGAACGCCAUCUCUGCGAGGGCGGACAAGCUGCGGCCCUGGCAGAAAGCCGCUUUCUACUGCGGGAUGGCUGUAUUCCCGGUCAUGCUCAGCCUGACGCUGACCACGCUCUUUGGAAAUGCCAUUGCAUUUGCCACCGGAGUCCUUUAUGGCCUGUCGGCGCUUGGCAAAAAGGGAGAUGCCAUUUCCUAUGCCCGGAUCCACCAGCAGCAGAAGCAAAUGGAUGAAGAGAAGCUGACGGGGGCCCUAGAGGGACAGGCUCUCUGAAGCACGCAAGCUCAGGUUAACCUGUCCUGGACACUGAGAUGUUGGUGAAGAUACAGAAAUCCACUCUACCCUUCCCUCUGCCCGUUCCCCUCUCUGUUAUGCUGCCAUUUCCCUGGACACUG